AUGCUCUCACGGCACGACGAAUGCUCUCACGGCAUGACAAAUGUUCUCACGGCACGACGAAUGUUCUCACAGCAUGGCGAAUGCUCCCACGGCACCGUGAAUGCUCCCGCGAAUGCUCCCGCGAAUGCUCCCGCUAAAGCUCCCGCGAACGCUCCCGCGAACGCUCCCGUGAACGCUCCCGCGAGGGCUCCCACGAGUGCUUCCGCGAGUACUUUCGCGAGUGCUUCCACGAGUGCUUCCGCGAGUGUUUCCGUGAGUGCUCCCAGAGCACUCACCAAGGCUCACAGAGCUGAGGCAUUUGUCGUACCCACCCAAGGUGAGGCAACCCUCACUUUGGCUCCUUUGGAUUGA